GUUGUGAUUCAGUCACUUUCCGAGCCACCCACACUGAGAGCACAGACCUCCGUGAGUCAGUCCGUUCAUUAACUUCUCUCCGUCAUAUCUACGUCUGGUGUGCGUCUGAGGAGCUCUGCUUACACACGCGGGCAGGAGACGAGUGGAAGACAAAUUCGGCCGAGUUUGUUAAAUAAAAAUUUCUUUUGAAGGACAGAAAGUGGAGGCAGAUUUCGACUUUCCCCUGAAUGCGCUUUUCAAAUAUCGCAACGGUUCACCUGAAGCGGACUCCGGGACGUCGUUUGCAUGAAACUGUGGCCAGAUAAAAACGGCCACGCUCCGUUUGUCAGCCCUUCAGCUGAAAAGUCUUCCAAGCCCAGCUCCAAGGACGCCAUGGCUCUUGGAAGUUUCCACCUUAUGCAGACCCUCAAGAACUCUCCUGCCGCCUUCCGACGCCACUUCCGCCGCGACCGGACGGAGUUGCUGUCCCACGGCGACCCCCUGUUCAAAGUUCACUACCUGGGCACUGUGAAGAUCUUCUCCCUUGAUCGAGCGCAGGCUCAGGACGCCAUCGCGCAAAUGCUAGAGGGGAAUGCUAACCGGAAGAAGCUGAGCAAAGACCACGCGCUGGUGGUGCGGCCGAGGUACGUGGAGGUCAAGGAGCUGAGCACGGGGCGGCAGCUGACCAAAACGUACCUGCAGGACAUAGCGUACUGCGCUGCGGACGCCAACAGACCCAACGUGUUCCUGUACAUCUGCAAGCAUCAGGGACAGCAGCUGCAGUGUCGGGUGUUCUGGUGCAGCCGUGCAGAGCGGGCGCGGGACAUGACCGCCUGUCUGGCUGACUCCUUCCAGCGAGCGCUGAGCGACUGGCAGGAUGGCUCGGCCACGUUGACGCCCGGAGACGUGAAACGUGGAGAGGAGCCGUCCAGCUCUCCUUCCAAGAGCUCCACGCUGCCUGCUGGCUUCGGUAAAGGUCGCUGGAAGAGACAAGGUUCUGCAUCUCGAAGCCCCAUGAGAGCCAUCACCAGAAGAGGAUCAGCCUCUGACAGCUGAAGCUGAACUUCUGCACCAAAACAAGGCUCCACGUUGGCCUGCUGGCAGCUUCAAGAGGGAAGGAAGGAAGGGAGGGACUGAUCAUAAGAUGUCAGGAAGGGUGGAAGGGUUCAAACUGCCACGUCCAUAUCUGGGCGUGUUGUAACUGUGUGAGACGAUGUCAUAAUUGGCGAGUGAGUGAUGCCGGCGGAUGCACCGUCCUAUGUGGCAUCGAAUGAAUGAGUUGGAUGACGGACUCGACGUGGUCCUCGUCUCUUUGGGUUUGUUUCAGGCGACCAAAAUGUCGCCGAAAGCGGAGAAAACCUUGUGUUUUGUGUUUUUUUUUUUUACCUGUGACGAGUCAGAUUAACCCUGGCUUUUAUCGAAAGCUGGCACAUCAGAAGCGACCUCUACCACCUUUUAUUAAAUCCCCUCCUGCACAAACAACAACAGUCAUGAGUUAUUUGCAUUGACGUGCACAAGCUACCGUGGCUCCUGUGAACAGUGGGCACAUUGUGCUCCCAUGUGGCAUCUCUGUGAGGAAUGCACGGAUGUGCACCUGCAUUCCACGCCGGGGAAAUCUGAGACCAGGAAUCUUCCCAAAAGCCUUGAAAUCUCUUUUGUGUCCAGCCACAACAUUCCAGUUUGAGCAGCUUUGUCCUGAAACUCCAAAAUUAGUCAUUUUUUAACCUGACUGUUGGCCAAUAUGUGGCGCGUUGCAUAACGAGCCCUCAUGAUGGGGAUUUCUGCAGGGUUUACAAGUGUUGGAGGAUUAGUGCCACACUCCGAGGCUGCAAACGUCUCCUUUUUGUUUUCUGACAAUAUUUAAGCUACAAACUUUGCCUUUUUUUUUUAACUGAAAGUUUUUUUAUUGAGAUGCACCACGUUAUUUAGUAAAUUGUUUUUUUACAAUCCGUAUCUCGCAAAACGCCCAACUUUUUUCUAGAGAAGGGGUUAUAUGCCUGCUGUAGGAUGCAUUUUUAUCAGUGUUCUGUUUUUGUCUGUACAUAUUUAUCUAAAUGUGUAUUUUACGAGAUAUUAAAACUUUUAUACAAUGA